AUGCGGCCCCCGCUUUUCUCCGCGCUCACCAUCUUUCUCGUCCCCAUCUUCGGCACCGCCCAAUCUCGAGAGUACCCGUCGUACCACGACCCAUGCCAGCCUUUCACCUGCGGAGGCAUCAACUUCCCCUUCCCCUUCUCCGACGCCGCCACCUUCGGCACUGGCCGCUUCGACUGCGGCCUCCCCCGCUUCCAGGUCUCCUGCGAUGCCGCCGGCCGCCCCGUCCUCGACCUCCCCGGCACUCCCUACCAGGUCCGAACUCUCUACCUGGACCGCCAGGACCUCGCCGUCACCGUAGUCAACGCCCAGCUCAUCAAAGACCUGGCCGCCGGCUCCUGCGAGUCGCUCACGAACCUGACCGUUCCGAGCUCCGGGGUCAAGAUCGACAACCUCAGCCUCCCUCCUCAGUGGCGCUUCAACCUCACCUUCUUCAAGUGUGCCGCCGGCAUUGCGCUCCCCCGCGAGCUCACCGACUCGACGCUGGUGAAUGCGAGCUGUGGAGACGCAGAGCUUUAUCUGUGGAUGAACCGAUCGAGCGAUCAGUCGAUCGGUUCCGACAACUCGUACGGGGGAGAGACGCCCGACGGAUGUAGGCUCGUGGAGGUGCCUGUGUCCGAUGUCCUCGGUUUAAGGAGCAGUGGAUUUAUGAACAAGAGUAAUGGCGAGAGGUGGAGAUUCGUUCUCGAUCUGAUGGGUAAAGGAUUUCGUCUGGUCUGGUCCGCCAUUCCGGAGUGCGACCGCUGCCAGCUGAGGGGCGGACGGUGCGGAUUCGACGCCAGUUUGGGAAAAGUCAUCUGCUUCGGUGGCAGCCGCAAGAAGCCAAGCAAGACCAAACUCAUUAUCGGUUGUGCAUUGGGAAGCUCUUCUCUUGUGCUCAUUAUGACCUUACUGUACAUUUUUAAGACGAGAAGCUUGUCAAUUCAGAAGACAUCCCGUUUUGGCAAAGAUGAAACUGCAGAAGAAAGGGCAAAUGCAGAGCAAUUCCUAAGAACUUAUCAGUCAACCUUAUUGACCAAGUAUUCAUACAAGGACGUAAAGAAAAUGACUCAUGCCUUGAAGGAGCGACUAGGUAAAGGUGGAUAUGGUACUGUCUACAAAGGAAAGCUGCCGGACGGGCGACCAAUCGCCGUCAAAAUACUCGACAAGUCCAGCAACAACAGCCAAAUGGUCAUUAACGAAGUUGCAACCAUAGGCACGAUUCACCAUGUUAAUAUUAUCCGAUUGCUCGGCUUCUGUUUGGAAGGUUCAAAACAAGCUCUAAUUUAUGAGCACAUGCCUAACGGGUCUCUAGGAGAUUUGCUGCAUAAAGAAGGGUCAAAACUUUCUUUGGCGACGGAAAGGCUGCUCGAAAUUGCUAUUGGGGUUGCCCUUGGAAUUGAGUACUUGCACAAGGGCUGUGCCUCACGGAUAUUGCAUCUCGACAUAAAGCCCCAUAAUGUUUUGCUUGACGAGAACUUCAACCCGAAAAUCUCUGAUUUUGGGUUGGCAAAAAUACACUCCAGGAGUAGAAGCUUCAUAACCAUGACAGGUGCUAGGGGGACAAUCGGGUUCAUUGCUCCUGAAAUAUUCAUGAGAAAUAAUCCUUCUCAUAAAUCCGAUGUCUACAGCUUCGGAAUGCUGUUGCUUGAGAUGGUUGGCGGGAGGAAGCAUGAAGAAGUAAGGGGAAGUGCAUCGAGUGAAUUGUAUUUUCCAGGCCGAAUUUAUGACGAAAUCAAUGAAGAAAGAGCACAAGAAUUCGGUGAUCUUGUGGAAGAAGAAGUUGCUGUGUCAAGAAAGAUGGUUAUGGUAGGCGUGUGGUGCAUUCAAAUAAAUCCGAAGGAUCGGCCCUCAAUGACACAAGUGCUGGAAAUGUUGAUGGGCAACUUGAAAAGCAUUCCAAUGCCUCCCAAGCCGCAGUUCUUUUCUCCUCCUCGCGCGUAGGUCGUGCCUGGAAGUUCUUCCCUCACACCUGACAGUCGAAAUGUAGCUGAUCGAUAGAGGGAUUCAUCUCUGUGCCAAAGCACAUUCGAGAAUAGCGUAUGAUAGCAUAUGAGGAUGACAAUGGGGUGGGAAACAAGUUGACAUUGGCCCCUUCUUGUUCCAAUGUGAAUGUGGGCAUCAGCAUAGGA